AUUUGCUCGGCACCGAGCGAAGCGCAGUAUGACUAUUAGUAUAUGACAACACUUAAUUAACUUACAAAUGACUUCAUUAUCAUAGCCUGGUGCUGCGCCUGUCAGUAAUUCGGUCAAGCUGAAAGGCCGCGUGCUGCCUGGUUGCUUGCGAUGUCAUUGCCAUGAAUUUGGCAGGAAUAGCUGCUGAGAAUGCAGGCAUAAUGGUACUUCACUAGGUCGGCCCUCGAAGUUUGGAGACCAAAAAUGAACGUCCCGAAUGCCGGAGGCAGCUCAGCGCUUGGGCAUCAUGGCGCCAUCAUAUCACCGACGUUUGCCUUUGGCAUGGACGUGGGGUGUCGGAAUUGCUUAUGGCACCUGGAGGGUGAACGUAUGCUAUGGUCCGUUGGAGCUCAGGUGGCAAUGUACAACACCAUAUCUCAGGAGAUGCGUUUCAUCCCGUUGGCUGACCGCGGGGCACGGGCGCUGGUGCUGGCGGUAGCGUCCAACUGCAAGUACUUUGCGGCGGUGGAGCGGGUGCCGGGGCUGGACUACGACCAGGUGUCGGUGUACAGCUUUGGCGGCGAAAAGCGGGUCAAGUCCUUGCCACAAGACGCAGCCCUCAGCGGCUCGGAGUCGGCCCGCGUGGAGUGCAUUGAUUUCAGUGAGAACAGCAAGUUCCUGCUGACUCAGUAUGGCAACCCGGACUGGACACUGGUGGUGUGGCGCUGGUACAGCGGCAAGGUUCUGGCUCGCAUGCGCCUGGACCUGAGCAAGCCGGUGCUGAGCGCUCAGUUCAGCCCCACCGACGACAUGCUGCUGGCUGUGCUGACCCCCAACAGCGUCUCGCAGCUGCGCCUGGACCCGGACAGCGACAUAUUGAGGCAGAUGCCCGCGCCGCCGGCUUGGGAGGCUGCCCACCUGACGUCCAUGUGCUGGCUGGCGGGCAACCUGAUGGCGCUGGUGGGCAGCGGCGGAGAGGUGUACGUAUUCCAGGACGCCUCCGCCCGAAUCACCACCCGGGUGGAGCCAAUACCUAGCGCCGCAUCCGCCAGUGCUCUGCUGCUGGGGCACUCACACGUGGGCGGCGGCGGCAGCGGGGGACUGGGCGCCUCGGAGCACCUGCUCGCGGUCACUGCGCGCGGCCGCGGCUUCAUCGCGGCGGGCACCAGCGGCACCGUGUACUUCUUCGACCCGCCGGGUGUGGACCAGAAAAGGGCCGGUAUUCGCGACCUGUACGCGCUGACUCGGCGCCUGGCUGUGGAGCUGCCGCCCGGCCCGCCGCGGCCCAUCAUCUGGCUGAGCGUGUCGGCUGGAGAGGAGGAGGUGGCGGCAGUGACUGCGGGCGGUGACUUAUACGUGGCCAACAUGACCCUGGUGGCGGAGCGCGAGGAGAAGCCAAUCAUUUCGGUGGUGGGGCACGACGUGCUGGAGGGUGAGCCGUUCCGGCGUGUGCUGGGCGGCUUCCUGACCGGCCGUGUGAUGGGGCUGGCGGCGGCGUCCUCUGUGCCGCUAGUGGCCGCGGCGUGCCUGCCCAGCGAGCCGCUCAGUGCCCGUACAGCGGCGGGACAGGCCGCUGCAGCGGCGGCGUCGCUUUCGGGCGUAGCCACCGGCAUUGAAGGCGGGGGCUCAGCGCCUGGGACGGGCCCCACACGUGGGGGCUUCACUGCCUCGGGUCUGCGUGCUCCGCCACCGCUCCCGCCUCAACUGCGAGUGUGGAACUACGAGUCGAGGCGCUGUGUGGUCAGUUUUGCCCUGGAGGAGGACCCCACCUGCCUGGACAUGCACCCGGGCGGCCAGCUGGUGCUGCUGGGGCUGUACGAUAAGGUCGCCAUGUACUGCAUUGCGCUGGAGCACUUGGACCAGGUGUAUGAGAGCCACAUCAAGAGGGCGACCUGCGUGCGCUUCUCCAACGGCGGCGGCAUGUUCGCGGCGGUGGGGCGCAACAACACCAUCACACUCACCUCCACCUACCCCUUCCGGGCGCAGCAGCAGCUUGGGCAGCUCAAGGGCCACGCCACUGCGGUGACGGAGCUGGCAUUCGGCUCAGACGAUCGCAUGCUGGUGUCGGCGGGUGUGGGCGGCGCACUCUACUUCUGGGACCUAGCCACCCUGAACCGGGUAGUGGAACUGGAGCACGUCGACAAACAGUCCGUGUACUGCGGGGUGGCCAUGUGCGGACACACGCGAGGUGCGGCCGUGGUGCGCUGCCUUGACGGGCGCGUGCAGCAGAUCGCAAAUGGGAAGGUGGAGUACGAGGCGACGUGCAAGGGUGGCCCCAACGCGCCCUCCCUGAUGCUUGGGGCUGACAAGGUCUACCUGGCAGCUGACGACCAGGGCUGUGUGGUGUCUCACGCCUGGCCCGGCGAGGACUUGCCGCCGCGGCCGGGUUUCGCCGCGCUGGCCCCGCCGCCUACCCACUACCAGCUGCACUCGGCGGUCGGAGGCGGCAUCAGCCGAAUGGCACUGGUGCCGUCCCGGGGACUGCUCUUUACCGCCAACGGCGACGGCACUGUGUUGAUGAGCGGUGUGGCGCUGGUGCUGGGCGGCGUGUUGCUGGAGGCGGCGCUGGCGGGGGGCCCGGGGCACGGCCACAGCCACGCGGGCUCCGUGCGGCCCUCUGCCACAAACCUUACUGGGCCCUUGGCCGUUGGGGCGGCUGCAGGUGGCGGUGCGCUGGCGGCGCCGUACAUGGUGACAGUGCCUGAUGAGCGGCUGCAGGCCCUGAGGGACAAGGUCGUGGAGGUGGCCAUGCUGGUGGGCAGCGCCCGCUCCGAGGCCGAGUACCAGGCGUUCCGCGCCUCCCAGGUGCUGCGUGAUGCCAUCACACGGCUGGAGGGCGAGCUGGCGGCGGCGCGGGCGGCGGUGGCGGAGCGCGACGGCCUCAUAGCGCGGCUGACGGAGGACUCGCGGCACGUGGAGCGGCGCGUGGUGAAGGAGCUUGAGGGCGCGCAUAUGAGCGCCGCGGAGGAGCUGGAGGCGCUGUAUGAGAAGCGGCUGGCGGUGGAGGCGGACAAGCUGAGGGUGAUGGCGGCGGCCAGGGACGACGCGCAGUACCGGGCGGAGGAGGCGCUGAGGCGGCUGCAGGAACAGCACAAGCUGGACAUCAAGGACCUUCACGCAGCCCACGCCGCGCAGCUGGUGACUGUGGAGGCGCGCAUGGCGACCGAGGCGGAGUCGCGCGCGGAGCAGGAUCGCUUCUUCGCCGAGUACGUGAAGCAGGCUGAGGAGGACUUUGAGGACCACAGCGAGCGCAUCAACGACAAGAUCACGGCGCAGGCAGAGGCGGCGGAGUCGCGCGAGCAGCGCCUCAAGGCAGACAAUAACAUCCUCAAGCGAACCAACCUGCGCCUGAAGGCUGACAAGACCAUCGACCUGAAGAAGAUGGACAAGUUGACCACCGACAACACUGCGCUACGGGAACAGGCUGAGGAGCUGAAGCUGACCAUCGCCAAGCUGACAAAGGAGCUGGAGGAGCGCGAUGCGGUCAACACCGACAACUACGCAACCAUCCAACAGCUGCGCCGCAAGGUCCAGGACCUGGAGAAGCACAAGUUUGUGCUGUCGUACAAGGCGGAGACAUACGCCAAGGCGCUGGAGCCGCAGGAGAAGGAGAUGUCGCGACUGCAGUCCGAGCUGGAGGGCCACGACCGCGAGCUGCUGGGGCACAUGAGCAAGAUGCAGGUGCUGUCCCGGCAUGUGGCGGAGAAGGACACGGCGCUGAGGACGCUCAAGAGCGAGCUGGCGGAGCUCAAGAGCAAGGCGGGCCAGAUGGAGGCGGCCAUCAACGCCUUCUCGCAGGACCUGUACGAGGCCAUGCAGCAGCCAGACGACCGCGGCCCUCGCGGCAAGUCCACACGCCAGAAGGCGCUGGACGAACUGGUGCGGCGCUACUGCCUGGGCGACAUGCGGGUGGGCGGCCGGGACGAGGCCAUGGAGGCCGCGGCCAACGCGGCGGCAGCGGAGACUCGGGUGGUGCUGCUGCAGUGGCGGCUGGAGCAAGAGCGGGGCAGCGCCAAGGCCACGCAGCGUGCCACCCUGCACCAGAACAGCCAGCUGCUGCGGGAGCUGCAGGUCUCCCAGGGCGACUUGCGCUCCUUGAAGGACCGCUACGAUGCAGCUUGGGUGGCACUGCGUGAGCUGCAAUCCAAGUACAACUUGCUUGAGCGGCGCUGGGCGGCGUCACACGGCAGUGUCGGGGCAGGUGGAGAGGUGGCUCGCGAGCAGGACGCCGAGGAUGUCCUCAGCGAGGGCGCAGGCAGUGUAAGCGUUGUCAGCAUGGCGGGCCGGGUGCCGCCUUCACGCCCUGCGUCUGGUAUCCCCGGCGCGGGCGCGGGCGAGCGCGUGCUGACUGGAGUACAGCAGGCGCUGGUGAAACCAGGGCGGGGAUCUCUGGCGGCCGCCAGCACACAUCACACGCACCUGCAGGGCUCGAGCGGAGCCAAGGGCACACGGCCCGGAUCUGCGGCUCUGGCGCGGCCGGUGUCGGCUGGGUGGGGCAUGUACCGCUCAGUGGGCGGCCAGCCGGCGCAGAGCGGCCUGGUCAGCCGGGGAACGCCGCUGCGUGCGUACGCGGAGCUCAUCAGCUCGGAGCGGCAGCGCAUGGAGGAGCUGGCGGUGGCGCUGGCGGAGGGCAGUGCGGGGCUGGAGGCGCAGCAGCGGGCGCUGCUAGGACUGCGGGAGCAGCUGGCGGCGAACGACGAAGAAGCAGGUUUGCCAGGCGCCAGCUGGGAAGCUGAGAGGGGUGGCCUUGCUUUCGGCGGGUUCUCAGUCGUGUCCGAAGGCCGCGAAAGCCUUGACGAGGACAAGGACGAAAGAGGGGAAGCAUGUCCUGCUGGGGGAGGCGCUGAUACGGAAGCGCCGGUCAGGGGGCUGGAUGCUGGUCCGGCCAGCGAUGCAGCGCUCCGACAGACUGCAUCCACGUCGCUGUCCACAGCAGUGGCAGGUGGACGGCCGUCAACUGCCCAGCCGGCAGCGGGCAGGCGCUGGGCUGGAGACAGUGGGAGUGGAGGCUCGGGAGGCGGAGCAGCGGCGAGCACGUCCCCGUAUCACGCACCUGGGCUGCGAGGCCUCAGCUUGGGCCACAGCCAUAACGCAAAACACAGGCCUUUCAGCGCGCGGUCCGGUACUGGCAUGUCCGCUUCCUUUGACGCCUCGCGUGUGGCUGCUGCGCUGCGAACGCGCUCUACGGGGGCUAGCGGCGAAGUGCGGGCGAGCAGCCCCUCGCCGGUGGGGCUGGCAGCAUCCGCAUCGCCUGGCGGCGGCAGUGCAGGGCCUAGGCGGCGGCCCACAACGGCAGCUGGCGUAGGUUUACGGGCGUUUACAGACUCAUCUGCGGAUCGAUUUCGUGUGCCCGGCGCCUCCGCUGAGGGUGAACUGCCAUUCUAGGUAUCUCCUGCGGGCCUAGCGGCCGUGCGUUACUGCUCUAGGGCUGGCUUGCGGCGUUGAGGAGAAGUGUGGAGCGCUUAGGGAUGCGAAGUUGCUAAUGAUGCGCGCGUCC